CUGAAACGUAGUUAUACAAUUCUGAGAUACAAACAUGUUAAAAUCACACUUUAAUCUACAACAAGACGAUGAGAAAGAACUGGAAGAGACUCAAGAUCAUAAAAAAGAUGAAGAGAUUGAACUGAUGGCCGAGGAGUUGGAACACGAACAGCUGGAAGAGGAUGCUGCUAAAGAAAUUAUACCCAGUUACCCGGAAAGAAUACUCAAGAGAUCAGAGAUUAGCAUCAGGCUUAGUCUACUAGGAAAAACUGCUGAAGGAGAUGGGUACACAUACCUUAAAGCUGCCUGCACCGGCAUGGGCCUAACAGAUAUCACGGCUGUAAAAUCAUUCCAACACUUACAAUUCCUCGAUGUGUCGAAUAACAACUUAAAUUUGGCCAGUCUACAAGCUAUCACGGAACUGCCGUAUCUGGUACUGAUACACGCUGACAAAAACCAACUUUAUUCCGCCGCAUUAAGGACUAUGAAGUACAUGCAGGUUGUUAUAAUGAACAACAACAACUUAACUUCAGUAUGGGACGUGUACCAACCGGAACUGUCCACUUUGGAAGUCGGAUACAAUAAAAUAAAGAAUAUUAGAUUCGAAGGGAACAUGCCCGAAAUAAAAUGCUUGGAUUUCCGAUAUAAUUUCAUAGAGGACAUUUCCAAUCUGAACUUUCCAAAUUUGGACAGUCUGUAUUUGGCUGGUAAUAAAAUUCAAAGUCUCAUUGGUAUAGAGAGAUUGGUGAAUCUGAGAAUACUUCACUUAAGGAAUAAUCCCAUUAAACUUUUGUACGGUUUUGAAGAGGGUAUGAAGAAAUUGCAGUACAUAAAUCUAAGGAAUUGCAAAGUGGCAACAUUGAAGCAAAUCAAGAAACUACGGGUGUUAGAAACAUUGACAACAUUAGUGAUAAAAGGUUGUCCAUUCAUGGGAGGUACUGGGGAAGAAGAUGCUGAAGUUGGAUCUGAGGAAGAGGAUCCAGAAUUGAGGGUUGAGGUCCUGGCAGCGCUGCCGAGACUGAAGCGGCUUAAUAAAGGAGUAGUUUCCCCCGAAGAAAGAGAGGAAGCAAAGGAGCUGAUGAAGCAGUGGCUCGAAGAAGGUGAAAAUGAUGAAGAGGAAUUGCAAGAAGAACAACACGAUGAAGAUUCUAAUGCAGAUUGAGAAUAAAUUAAAAUAUCAAAACUCCCAUGUUUAUUAUAAAUACUUAACA